AUGCCCCGUAAAUGGAAGCAAGAGUCAUGCCUUGUUCCAAACAGGAAUUUGUGUUUACGACGGGUUGUUUUCGUGUUUUCUGUGCAGUAUUUGGCUAUUUUGGAACACUUUGUUUUGUCUUACCAUUACAAACCUGGUGCAUCAGUAAAUGUGAGCAGGUACCGUGACGCCUGAUGGUGCUGGGUUUCUGACAAACUGAACCUUUUGAGGUGACCUUGAUGCUCGUUUAUUAAAUCGACACAGUUAAGCCUUCGGACUCUUGAUACAUGGUGUUUAUCUGUCAGCCAAUGAACUCAAAGGAUAUCCUUUCAAUGAGUGGACCACACUGAAGCACACAACAAUGAAAGGCAGACCUCGUAAAACAAGGAAAAGUGAAUCUAAAAAGACGCCCAUCUUUACCAAGGCCCUGUCUCCAGCUACAGAAGUGUCAAUUUUUGAUAAUGUCCCCACUCUUAAUUUGUCCACACUUAAAUCUGUACCGACUACACCUAAAGGACGCAAGGGGCCGAGAAAACGGACAACAGAAGCCAGCCUGAGUUCAACGCCUGUCCAUGGCUCCACCACUUCCAACAUUUCACUCAACUCUCCUGGAGCUGAUGAAAUGCUGCCAGAUUACUCUCAAUUUAUCACUCAACCAAAGACGUCAGAGGGAGAUUCACCAUGCUACAAAUCAAAAUCUCAAAAACGUAGUCACACUUCUCAGCCAAGACAACCUCAAAAAAGGGGGGCUGUAGAGCAAACCCAGGAAAACGGGACUGUGACUAAGCGUGGGCGUGGCAGGCCACGAAAGAAUAAGACUGGAGAUGUAAAGGGAAAAGGACCUACUCAGCCAUCCAAACGCUUAAGGCCUAGGUUUGAGCUGCAGAGUCCUGGUGCACCUGAGCAAGACUCUUUGCUGUCUUCAGAUCUUUCAAUCGAACUGAGUACCUAUGAGGAACAGCUGCCCUCUCUGUCCAUGAAGGAAGAUGAGAGUGAAGAUGAGGAGGAGGAAGAGCUCCCAAGUUUCUUGAUGCAGAAGAACACUAAACCUUCAUCUAUCACAGAAGGAGCAUUUGUGUGGGGCAAAUGUAGAAAUUAUCCGUACUGGCCGGCAUUGGUUAAAAAUGUGAACCGAAAACAGAAAAAAGCAAGUGUCAUGUUUGUUGACCAGGUUUUCACAGGGAUUCAGAAACAGAAAGGGUUUACGUUGCCUCUGAAAUCCUUGAAACCCUUUGACUGUGAAGAAGCAGAUGAGCUGAUGCGAAAAGCCAAAGAGUCGUAUUCGGCUGCUAUUACUUGGUCAUUGGAAUUUAUAGAAGACUACAGAAUCCGUAUUGCAUGCGGUUCGUUUUCAGGAUCCUUCAUUGAGUAUUGUAACCAUGACAUGAGCUACCCAGUGAGAAGGAAGUAUCCACAGGCAGCCUCAGAUAGACUAACCAUCACCAGUGAUAUCAUACAGGUGGAACCAUGUGAAGAUCACAAGGAGGACAUAAGUGAGAAGCACGAAGAUGUUUCGACAUGCUCAAAAAGGCUGCUGCCAGACCGAACCCAUGCUGCCCAUAACCGAGCCAAUGAGAAGCUUGUUUAUUUCAUUGUGAAGCAGCACAUGGUGGAGAAACAUCUUCUGGCUGUGAUCCGGGGGCAGCACCAGUCCAGAUGGCUUCGCUCUUUUUUAAGUGCCAAACGGAGGAGAGUUGUUAACAUUUAUCUGGAAGAUGAUCAGCAGUUGGACCAGGUCUACUGGUACCUAAAUGAGCUAUAUGGAAAAGCUGUGGCCAAAUCCCCAAUCCUUGCUGGGGUGAAAUCAAUGGAGCGUGUUCCUUUUAUUCUAGAUGUGCUUCUGCCCGAGGCUAUCAUCUAUGCUAUUGCUGGGGUGGACAAUCUUUCAGUGAAAAAGGCAGAAGAAAAGUACCUGAAGGGGCGAUGCAUCAGUAACAGAGAAAGACAAGAGUUUGACUUGAUGAUUGAACGACAGAUGAGGAGAAAGUCACAGCGCCAGAAUGCAGCACUUGAAUUAUUUUCUGACUCUGUUAGUUAAAACCGAGGAAUAAAUAAUUCCAUUUUUUAUUUUUAUAUUUCUUUUUUUUUAUGUUAAUGUAACAAUAUUUUUGUACUUUGCAAAAAAACUGUAUAAUCACAUCCUGAUGACUUUAAGCAUUUACUUUUUUUAAUAUGGGGAUGUCUUUAAAAAAAAAAACUUCUUUACCUUCCUGAUUGAAGUCUUAUGACUACAGUUGCUGCCAAAUAAUUCUGAGCAUUUAAAACGUUUUUUUUCCUUCAUUUGUUUUUGCAGAAAUUCAUUUUUAUAUGAAGACUUUGUGCAAACAAAGACUUCGCUUCCUCUUGGUGGGAAGUUAUUGAAGUCAUUCGGAAGUGCUUCUGUGUUGGGAAUACUAUAUAUCUGUCAUUUCACAAUUUACUUUCAGAGUCCAUUUGAUGGCCUGUUAUCUGUUUAGAGGAACACAUGGUCUACAUAAAGCACAACUAAACUCAAAAUUGAAAUGAACUGAAAACUCUCGCUCGAGUCAGUUCUCUAUUCCUCCUCCUGGAUGAAAACCACAUUGUUCCUUUGAAUCUGGUGUUUUAUUAUCUAUUUUAGCAAGACAAAGACAGAGUAGGCUAACAGGAUAAAAAAUAUAUAUAUGUAGCAAAAUCAUAACUGACAGAUUGUCUGAAUCCCUUAGCCUGACUAAAACUCCUGUUUGAUAAGUUGACGACUCACAUAUUCAUUGUCUUGUCUCUGCAUCUGCUGCAAACAGUCUAGCUUGCAGGUAGUUUUCAGCUGCCCCCAGAGUUCAACAAGGAGAACAAGCUUUACUGUGGCUCUCCGUCCUGAUAGUUCAGCUAUCCGUCCCAUUCAGACUGUUCCAUUUCUCUUAUAUUCCAGGAAAGAUCUGGACUGAACCCUCUUAUAAGUCAGUUGAGUCAGUCCCAUAUUGUCUGAGUUGACAUUUUUUAAUAAUCCAUGAAAUUAUGUGUUCUGCUUAAAUAAACCUUAAGCAUUCAGUUUUAAUGGUUUUAUGCAUCCUCUGCUGGCCGGAAACUUUAAUGUUUAAAGCAGCAAAGUCCAGCCUUGGUAAAAAGCAAUAAAAUAUUGCAAAACCAAUGUGA